ACGAGUGCCGGUUUUCCCAGCAGCCCUUGGGUUGACAGUCGGUCAGAGCAGAGUGACGAUUGUGGGUUUGUCGUUGUGUGUCCGGAGCGAGAAAGGUUUCGUCGGGCUGGUUUCCUUCCCUCGAUCCGGCUUAGGAUGGCGGACAGCGGCCUGGGCGAAUGGUACCGCAGCAUCCCCCUGGUUACGAGGUAUUGGUUCACGGGCAGCGUGAUCCUUCCUGUCCUGGAGAGGCUGAACAUGGUCAGCGCCAGGACCCUGGUGCUGUGGGCCGAACCUUUCUUCAACAACUUUCAGAUAUGGAGGCCAAUAACUGCAAGCCUGUUUUACCCAAUGGGGUUCCAUUAUUUGAUUCAGCUAUACUUCCUGUAUUCCUAUUCCUCAAGCUUGGAAAGAGGUUUCUUUGACGGGAGAACAGCAGAUUAUAUAUUCAUGUUGUUUUUCAACUGGAUUUGCACGGUGAUAGUUGGAUUAACCAUGGGAAUGCUUAUUCUGUUUGUCCCCCUUGUUUUGACGGUGGUAUACGUGUGGGCACAACUCAACAAAGACCAGAUUGUAACGUUCUGGUUUGGGAUGACAUUUAAGGCUUGUUAUUUACCUUGGGCUCUGCUCAUAUUCAACUUUAUUCUGAGAAAUACUGUGAUGGACGAGCUUGUUGGUAUCUUUGUUGGCCAUAUGUACUACGUCUUGAUGUUUAAAUAUCCUCAAGAAUACGGUGGGAGAACAUUUCUUUGUACGCCGCAGUUUCUGACUCGAUGGUUUCCUCCAAGGAGAGGUGGUGUAUCUGGUUUUGGAGUCCGACCUACAAGCAGGAGACCGCAAGCUGAAGAUGAGGGGGGUCGAUGGGGGAGAGGAUAUUUCUGGGGUCAAGGCCAAAGAUUAGGGGACAACUGAACUUUUCUUUUUCUAUGGAAGAGCCCAACACCUGCAUUUGUGUCAUUUACUGUACAAUAUGUGUCAUGAAGAGUAUCUUGUGUUUUGGAAUCACAGCUGAAAUUUUAAUGCUUGUGGGAUGCUGGCAGGAACGUGAUGUCCACUUGGCUGAUAAGGAGGAUAAGCAAUAUUGAUAUGGAAAUGUACAAAUGUAAAUCUCCUGUAGACUGCCGUAAAUCUGAUCUUUACCGCAGAAUCUCAUUUUCAGAAGAAUUUUGUAGACUAAAUCAAAGUUUAUGGCCUUUUUUUUUGAAAAUGUUGACCAGUCUAUAGAAGGAGAUAUAUUUCCAGUUGUUAAACUAAAAUUUGCAUAUCCACCAUAACAGGCUAUUUUUGUUUCACACCUUCCCUGAGACAUGAUAUAGAUCCCCUCAAGAGAAACACCAUUUCGCGGAAUUACUGAUUUCUGUCCUGUUUAACAGGCAGGGUCUGCAUCGAUCAGGUUGACAAGGGUAGAGUGUGGGCAUUCUCCAUUUCUCUCCCUCUGUCAUACACACAUGCACACGCGUUCUACCUUUUUAGCAUUUGUCCCAAUUUUGUGACCAACUUCUUGCGUUUACAGCAGAGCUGUUGUCACUUUGGGAGAUUGCUGGAUGUGUGGGGUGUUGGAAGAUGGUGUGGGAAAAAUGAUUUCUGAGCACAUCAGUUGACUGAAAAGCACCCACCAACCAGGUGAACCAGCAGCAACUCCUGCUGAUCAUCCACAGUGACUGUCAGAGCUAGUUUCGCCAUUGCUGUCAGAGUUUUAAGGCUGACAUAGUUUGUUGCUCCUGUCAAUUUAUUUUCAGCAGAGGUGAAAAAUAGGAAGUUCAUAGCAGGUAGAGAAUGAUGCUUCAAUCAUUUAGGUUUUGUUUUUGCUAAUUUCUUCACAAUAGUAUUGCUAUCAGAAUUCAUGCCAAAUUGCAUUACUCCUUAUAUUUGAGAUUUAAACAGUAGGGGAGUUGGGGGGGUGGGCGUGGAAGGUUGUCUUGAAUCUGAAUCAUUAGGACCAUGAACAGAAAUGGUGCUUGCAGGGACAGAUAAGCCUGCUUAGCAAACACUGAUUCUGUUUCAACGUCGAUUCUUUGCAGCUACUGUUUUUCUAGGUCUCUGUAUGGCACCAACUGAGAGGCUGGCAAACUGGGGCAAUGACCAGCAUUCCUCUGGAGCUAGCCACUAAGAUGUGCCAAGAUAGGAGCCACAUUAGUUUCCUCACUUCCUGGCCUACAUUUUGGUAUUGGCUGCUGGAAAGGAUUAGUGUUAUAUUGGGCCUGGUAUGUUUAACUGGUUCAUCCAUCGUUGGUGCCCUGCCAUUCCUUGCUUUGAUUUAAAGGAUAUGGAUGAAGGGGUUGUGUAAGUUUGAAAAUGUAUUUACAGAGACUUCAUAACUGUCCUUGCAAAAGCAAUCAGGUGACCAGAAGUGCCAUGUCUUUCGAACCAAGUCAUGUUUUCUUCUCAAUCCUUAUCAGUGCUUCACUUCCAUAUUGAAAUCUUUUAUUUAAAAAGCCAACUUUGUCAUGGUAGGUAAUAUUUAAAAAUAAACUCUUUUGAAUUUCAUACCUCUGAUAAAUAUUCUAAAAAUAAAAUCUAAUGCCUGCACCUCCUGUAUUCUAAAUUCCAAGUCUUUAUUUAUAACAAGAUCUUCUUGACCUGUACAUUCUCAUUGUCAGCAAAGCUCGUAAAAUGCCAUGUCGGGUGGGGGCUGUGGGCACUUGCCAUUCUUAAUGCAGUGCUGGGAAUUUGUAAUGAAAUCAAUUGACAUGUUUAUAAUGGAAGUACAAAAUUUAAGAUAGAACACACACUUUUUAUAAUGGACCUGGAUUACAUUUCCACUACGUGCCCUUUUAACCCUGCUUCCUCCUAGAGCUGCAUUCUGUUGACUGCCAUGAUCUGGGAGCGCUACCAGUAUAUUUUAUUGUAAAUUGCAUUCUUGUGACUGUAGUUAAGGAUCACCGGUCUGAUUGAAAGGAAGAUUAAAAGAAUUAAUAAAAAGGUAUCAGUUAUAGCAGCAGAUUCUUGUCAAGCCCCUUUGAAGUUUCAGUGUUCGAAGAAAUAACUUUCUAAUGGUAGUAGCUGUAUAUUGUUCAAUUUUGAAUAAUCCACGUGCAUUUUUAAAAGUAAAUUCUGCUGCAAGAGAAAGCCAGGCCAAAUUAGUAGCAUGGUACUUAUUCUUGGACUUGCAAUAGCUCUGAGCAGACACAGAAAUAUGGAAUUGGUAAAUCAGCAGAUUAUUCCAUAUUAAACAGGUCUGUUUUCUGUUUAAUUAGUUUCCAAGUGAAAUGUUCAGAAGUGGUAUGGUAUAGUUACUUGGUUUAUUUGUUCGUUCAAAUAACCCAAGGAUUCAGAAGCGAUACACAGUCCAUUAAAUCUAGGCACGUCCCCAUGAACAAAUUGAAUGUUGCCCUCUUAACCUGUGAAUGUAGUCUAGUCGCUGGAGACAUGAGGGAAAUAGCAAUGUAGCAUUGUACAGUCUUGCUAGAUUGCCUGUGAUUAUAUGGUUUUAUUAAUUAAAAUCCUGGAAACUGAUCUUCAUUUGUGAUGGAUUUAAAUAUUAUACAUAAAAUGUGCAGUCUGAUUAAUGUUCAGUUUGGAUUAGACUUUAUUUCACCCACUCAGCAAAUGUGUUUUUUUUUUAAUCUGCCACAAUGGGUGAGGAAAGGUUUUUAUUUAUGUCUUCUACAACCCAUGAAAGAUUACUUCAAUGUGAUUGAAUUAGGGGUUUUUUUGUGCUGGUCUCUUCUACUGAGGAAUAUUGUGGUAUAAAUGAAAGAUUAUUGGCAAGACCUCUAUCUACUGAUUCCUAUAGCUGUUUUGUAUAAAAGUUGUACACUUUUGUAAUUAAAUCAUAAACUUCUGAAAUUCUAAAAUGAGUAGAAAUCUUUCAAAGGCUUAUCUUUUUUUUUCUUGUGUGCUUUAGCUGUAAAAUGUAUUACUGUAUUGAUGGAAACAUGUAGGUCAUAUUUCACUUCUGAGAGUUCUUGAUCUUGCAAAGUGGGAGAUUGCUUCUGCAUUUCAGACACUAUCGUUGGCAAAUCAAUGG